CGGCUAUAACCGAAUCGAAGGGCGUAAGCGGGAAGCGAGCGGGAAAGGCCGAACAGGGAUUUCUGAAUCCCGCCCCUCACAAUCCCAAGCGACCGGAGCUGUCCGAUUCAGCCCGAACGCCUGAGCUCCGAAAUCUGUCGUGCAAUCCCGCCCGCGCGAAAAGCAACGAACGGCAGUAUGCGGAGGUUCACGAGGCCCCGAUUGAGGCUGCGCAAGGACUAUCGGGAUAUUGGAGGAACUGAGGCGGGGCGGAGAGCGAGCGGGAGGCGGGGGGGAGCGAAAAAAUGGCGGCCGUCAGGCGAGGAAGAGCAACAUCUGUUCUGUCAUCUGUUCCCUUACAGAUUCUUUUCUAUUUAAAUGUAGUUUAUUAUAUAUUUUAUUUUUUAGCAACCCUGAUGAUGAUUAUUUAUAAAAGUCAGGUUUUCACGUAUCCAGAUGAUUUCUUAGCUCUUGAUCUCAUAUUGCUGUUCAUUAUGGCAGUUCUUGAAGCAGUCAGGCUAUACUUUGGUACCAAAGGGAAUCUAACAGAAGAAGAAUAUCCAUUGGGUAUCAGUCUUGUGAUCACUGCUGGCAGCAUAAUCCUAUCCAUCUACUUUCUGGUGUGGCAAACAUAUGUCCUGCGAGCAGAUGUCAUCAUUAAUGUUGUACUGCUUGUCACAUGUGGACUUGAAGCAAUCCUGCAAGUCAUAGCCAUUGCUGCAUUUGUCAGCUAACUCAUGUUGCUAUCUGUGGUAAACCUAUAUUCUGUAUUUUCUUUUUAAAUAAGCAAUGCAGAUUUUUUAUUGAUCCUUGUAAAAGUACAUGGGCUUGAUGUUCUCGAGUAUAAACACUAUCAUAACUGUUCUUACUACACUGCAAAGUUCCAUGAGGCCAUCAUGAACUAACAUGUAACACAUUCUGCAGGGUUAUUCUCAGCAUAGCUUAUAUAGUGGUGGUCUCUGUUUGAAUUGAAGUUUGGAGUUAAAUGUUGAUACUCAAAUCAAGGCUGAUCCACAUUUUUGGUGGCAGACAAGCUUGCUGUUUGUCCUUUGCCUGACUUUGGUGAGCACCUCAUUGUUUCAAGGAAAACAUGCCUCUACAAAUGUAGAAAUUCAUGCUGUGGACAGAUCCCAGGGAUUACCCACAGUUCCCCAGUGUGUGUAUACCAUAUGAUUAGAGGCAUUGACCUUUCGUUCCUUGGAAGAUACACGGUAAAUAGGUAGCAAUAAAGUGCUUCAUAAAGCUUGAAUCAUCUCUCAAAAUAAAUAUUAGCCAGAC